GCGAUCUGCCCGUACCUCGGCUAUGAGACUAGUCGCCAGUGGCGCCUGUCGAGCCGCACGCAGAGCCUGAUCAAGGCCGGCAAGGUGCCCGACAUCAGCGUCCAGGCCAGCCAGAAGAACUUCAAGAAGUCGUUGGAGAAGGGUGUGCUCAAGAUCUUGUCUAAGAUGGGCAUCUCGCUGUUGUCAUGCUACCACGGCGCGCAGAUCUUUGAGGCCUACGGCCUAGGCAAGGACGUCAUGGAUCUCUGCUUCCGGGGUACUGUGUCGCGCAUCGGGGGCAUGAGCCUUGCUGACCUCCAGCGCGAGGCUGAAAGCUUGUGGGCGAAGGGAUUCCCUGAGAAGGCUAUGACUAAGCUCGAGGACUACGGCUUCAUCCAGUCCAGGCCCAAGGGUAAGGGCGAGUAUCACAGCAACAACCAGGAGAUGGCUAAGCUGCUGCAUAAGGCGAUUGGCCUCGGCAAUGGCUCACAGGCAAACCCGGAGGCAUACAAGGCCUACCAACAGCAUUUCGUGGAGGCCCCGGUUGCGGUUCUCCGUGACUGUCUGGAGUUUAAGUCGGAUCGCGGCCCGAUCUCCGUUGACCAGGUGCAGGUGGAGCCGGCUGCUGCCAUCAUGGAGCGCUUUUGCACUGGCGGUAUGUCACUGGGUGCCAUCUCGCGUGAGACGCACGAGACUAUCGCGAUUGCCAUGAACCGUAUCGGUGGCAAGUCCAACAGCGGGGAGGGCGGUGAGGAUCCCACGCGCUGGCUGCACCUGUCGGAUGUGGACGGCGAUGGCAAGUCGGCGUCCGUGCCGCACCUGCGUGGCCUGCGCAAUGGCGAUACUGCCACCUCGAAGAUCAAGCAGGUCGCGUCCGGGCGCUUCGGUGUAACCCCGGAAUACAUUAUGAAUGCCGACCAGCUGGAGAUUAAGAUUGCGCAGGGGGCCAAGCCUGGAGAGGGUGGCCAGCUGCCAGGCCAGAAGGUUUCGCCCUACAUUGCACAGCUGCGCCGCUCUAAGCCCGGUGUGCCGCUGAUUAGCCCCCCACCACACCACGACAUUUACUCCAUUGAGGAUCUGGCGCAGCUUAUCUACGAUCUGCACCAGGUGGUUAAUCCAAAGGCCAAGGUCAGUGUGAAGCUUGUGGCUGAGGCGGGCAUCGGCGUGGUUGCGUCUGGCGUAGCCAAGGCGAACGCUGACAUCAUCCAGGUGUCGGGCCACGAUGGUGGUACCGGUGCGUCGCCAAUCUCGUCCAUCAAGCACGCUGGUGGGCCGAUGGAGAUGGGCUUGGCGGAGACUCACCAGACGCUAGGAGCACUGCUUGGCGCCGAUGAGUUCGGAUUUGGCACUGUGGCCAUGAUCGCGACUGGUUGCAUUAUGGCACGCGUCUGCCACACUAACAACUGUCCGGUCGGUGUGGCCUCUCAGCGCGAAGAGCUGCGUGCGCGGUUCCCUGGCGCUCCGGAGGAUCUGGUCAACUACUUCCACUUUGUGGCUGAGGAGGUUCGCGCGGGCCUUGCAGAAAUGGGAUACAAGAGCCUAGAUGAGGUUAUCGGUCGUGCUGAUCUGCUUAAGCAGCGGUCUGUCGAGCUGGCCAAGACGGAAGGGCUGGACCUGUCCUUCCUGACCACCUAUGCGGGCCCAUCGGGUUCAUCCAGCGUGCGCCGCAGCCAGGAGGUGCACGACAACGGACCGCAGCUUGAUGACCGCAUCCUGGCGGAUGCGGAGGUCAUGGAUGCGAUUGUCAACGAGAAGGUCGUGCACAAAUCCUUUGACAUUAUCAAUACGGACCGCUCGGCACUGGGCCGUGUGGCAGGCAUGAUCGCCAAGCACCAUGGCGACAACGGUUUUGCGGGCACAGUGCGCUUAACACUCACGGGCUCGGGCGGCCAGUCGUUUGGUUGCUUCUGCAUUAAGGGCCUGGAGGUCAAGCUCUUAGGUGAGGCCAACGACUACGUCGGUAAGGGCAUGAACGGUGGUGAGAUUGCCAUCGUGCCGCCGCCAAACAGCCCCUUCAAGAGCGAGGAGGCGUCAUUAGUGGGCAACACGUGUCUGUACGGUGCCACGGGUGGGCGGCUCUUCGUCAAUGGUCGUGCUGGUGAGCGCUUCGCUGUACGCAACUCGCUGGCGGAAGCCGUGGUUGAGGGCGCGGGCGACCACUGUUGUGAGUACAUGACCGGUGGCUGCGUGGUGGUGCUGGGCUCGGUCGGCCGCAACGUGGCUGCUGGUAUGACUGGUGGCUUGGGGUACUUCCUUGACGAGGACGGCUCUUUCUGUGACAAGGUCAACACGGAGAUUGUGGCAGUGCAACGUGUGGUGACGGCGGCCGGCGAGGCACAACUCAAGGGGCUUAUCCAAGCGCAUCAUGAGCGCACUGGGAGCGCCAAGGCUAAGGCUAUCCUGGGCAAUUGGGAGGUGUUGGUGGGUAAGUUCUGGCAGCUGGUGCCCCCGGCUGAGAAGAACACUCCCGAGGUGAACCCC